AGGAGUAGCUCGCUCGGAUCUGCUCUUGCCGUGUCUCUACACCCAGUCCACUGGACGCCAGUGAGCCUCAGAAUUCAGACUAUCUGACCCAGUUGUUCACCGGUCUAUGUGUUCCCAUUCUUCUGGGGGAACUCACUGUGGUUGUGUGCCCCAUCUGCAGAGUGCCUAAAUCUCUAGAUCAUUCACCAGCCUCACCUCACCCCGUGGGGACGCUACUUUGAUAUCCCUGGUAUGUCUGCACUCUGAGUGGGACCUGCUGAGAGGCCAGAGUGACCUCAACUGCCUUUCCCAGCCUGGUGUCAAGAUGCUGAGCCUGAAGCUGCCCAGGCUGUUCCGCAUCGACCAGGUGCCCCAGGUGUUCCAUGAGCAGGGCAUCCUCUUUGGCUACCGACACCCACAGAGCUCCGCCACUGCCUGCAUCCUCAGCCUCUUCCAAAUGACCAAUGAGACCCUCAACAUCUGGACGCACUUGCUACCCUUCUGGUUCUUCGUGUGGCGGUUCACGACUGCACUGUAUAUGACAGACAUCCAGAAUGACAGCUACUCGUGGCCCAUGCUGGUGUACAUGUGUACCAGCUGCGUGUACCCCCUCGCGUCCAGCUGCGCACACACCUUCAGCUCUAUGUCCAAGAACGCCCGGCACAUCUGCUACUUUCUGGACUAUGGUGCCGUCAAUCUCUUCAGCCUGGGCUCGGCCAUCGCCUACUCCGCAUACACGUUCCCUGACGCACUGGUGUGCAGUACCUUCCACGAGUGCUACGUAGCCCUGGCCGUGCUGAACACUAUUCUCAGCACUGGCCUCUCCUGCUACUCCAGGUUUCUUGAGCUCCGGAAGCCCCGACUCUGCAAGCUGCUCCGGGUCCUGGCCUUCGCCUACCCCUACACCUGGGACUCCCUCCCCAUCUUCUACAGGCUCUUCCUGUUCCCAGGGGAGAGUUCGAGAAAUGAAGCCAUGUUGUACCACCAGAAGCACAUGGUCAUGACCCUCCUGGCCUCUUUCCUGUACUCUGCUCACCUGCCAGAGCGGCUGGCUCCUGGGCGCUUUGACUACAUUGGCCACAGUCACCAGCUGUUUCACGUGUGCGUCAUCCUGGCCACACACUUGCAGAUGGAAGCCAUCCUUCUGGACAAGACCCUGAGGAAGGAGUGGCUCCUGGCCACCUCCAGACCCUUCUCUCUGCCUCAGAUAGCAGCGGCCAUCCUUCUGUGCAUCGUCUUCAGCCUCGGCAACAUUGUUUAUUUCUCAGCUGCUCUGUACCGGAUUCCCGAGCCUGAAUUACAUGAAAAGGAGUCAUGACUUCAGAGCGCGCCUGGCUUUGGUGUUAAGCAGUUGGUGUGGUGCUGGCCCACGUGGCCAAAAGCAUUCAUAGCAACUGAUGUCUUGACAGUUUUUAAUGGGCUCAUGUCGGAAAAAAGGAUUUAACUGGGCAGAGUGCUCUACGCAUGCACGGAUUCUGUAUGUGUUCUGUAAAAGGAAAAAUGUGGGCGUAAGUCCUGGAUAAGGAAAAAUAUUAAGUUUUAAACUUAUUUAAAAUAGGAUGUUUAGGGACUAGAGGUGUAGCUCAGUUGGUAAAUACUUGCUUAGAAUAUACAGAGCCCUGUUUCUUUCUUUAUUUGGGACUGUUGUUUGUUUGUUUGAGGCAGGGUCCCACUAUGUAGCUCAAGAUGUCCUGAAAUUUACUAUGUAGACCAGGCUGGCUUUGAACUCAGAGAUCUGCCUGCCCCUGACUCCUGAGUGCUGGGAUUAUAGGUGUGUGCCACUACACUGAAGCUCUGGUUUUGAUCCUCGGCCCAGCAAAACUUGAUCCUGUGUCUCAUGCCUAUAAUUCCAGCACCAGGGAAGCAGAAUCAGAAGAUCAGAAACCCAUCCUUGGAUACCUCGUGAGUUUGACACCAUCCUUGGAUACAUGAGAUUCUGUCUCUAAAAAAAUAGUUCCUAAUUCCAUUUAAACAGUCACAUUAAGCAUACUGCCCUGCCUCUCUAGUUUUUGUAUUGAUGUUUAAAAACAGAAGAGAAUACAUUUGAUGAAUUUUAUAUAGUUGAGCUUUUUUCCCAGGUGAGUGAGAUGGUUCAGUGAGUUGAGAAGAUUGCCGCCAAGCCUGACAACAGGAGUUCGAGACCCAGGACCUGCUGCAAAGUAUUCUUACAGUACAGAUAAGAUGUGAUGGCCUCUGGGGCUUAGGGAUGUCAUCCCAUCUGUUAGGGCUCCCUGUGUCCUUUUCUAUCAAUGGAGGAGCUGUCUUUGGAGAUAUCACAUGCCUGACAUUGUGUUGGCAUGUCAAUAUGCUGCCAGACUUAGAUUUUAUGCAGAGGGUGUUAACCUCACCAAUGAGACAGCCAAAUGUCCUGUCUUCAACCUUUCCUAUGAAACAGAAAUACAGGUAAGCUUGUGACAUGCAUUUCCUGGUAUAAACUAUGGGUUCUGCUUUCCUACAUUAAACGUGGGUUUUUGUAGAGGAGAUGUAGAUCUCCUCCAGAAUUCCAGACUUCCCCAGAAUUCCAGCACAGGAGGGCAGGGCCAGAUGUCAAAGACAUUUGUGGUGUCUUUCAUUUAAAACUUGAUCAAAGUUCCAGCGACUGCCCUCUACAUGUGUGUCCCCAAUUUCUCUUCAGAGUCUUCUACUAUUGGCAUUUUUUAACUGGUUAAAUGAAAACGAAGUGCCAUGGGUUAAACCCUAGACUAAAAAGUGAAUAAAGCCAAAGCUAGGAGGCUUAAAGGAGAGGCUCUCGGAUGUGUGUGCUGACUUUAAGAUGCCAGGAUCCUGUGUACAGGUGAAGUGUGGCCAGCCAGCCUCCUGGCUGCUGGGCGGGCCUCACACUCAGGAUCUGUGCCUUCCCUGCAGUGAUGGAUGCCAAUAUGCCUUCUGAAUGAUAAGCCAACUAAACCACCGCUUAAAAAAUAAGCAAUAACAAGAAAUCACAAAACAAAACAACAAGAACAGCAAAAACCCAAAAGCCAACUCUGCUAAGGGCCAUAGCCUUGUGCGACAAACCCUUCAGCCUUACACAGAAAAUACUUGUGGAGGGACAUCUCGCCAUAG